CAAAUCCCAUUAAAUUAGGCGAUUUUAUAUUUUACUAAUCCAGAAUUCUGCUGAUUUUUCCCCUUCCUCAAUUGUCAACCAUCUAUAUCAAACUCCGUCUAAUUCAUCACAAUAUUCAAUUUAACUGCAGAAAACAGAACAAGGUGCAAAAUUUGGAGAUGGGCAUGUUUGAUUUGGAGGAGCAAUUCACUUUCUAUGGAGCUUACCACAACAACCCCAUUAACAUAGCUUUGCAUAUGGUCUUCGUUUGGCCAAUCUUGUUCACAGCUCUGCUUCUUUUGAAUUUCACUCCGCCUUUAUUCUCUCAAUCUCCCAUUCAUUUGUUUGGCCAGAGUUUCCUUGUCCUCAAUUACGGCUUCUUGUGCACUGUCAUUUAUGCUCUGUAUUAUGUGAGUUUGGACAAAAAAGCUGGUUCUUUAGCUGCUUUCAUGUGUUUCCUGUGCUGGGCUGGAAGCAGUGCUCUUGCUCACCUCCUCGGCUUCUCUUUGGGUUGGAAGGUGGUUUUGGUAUCUCAGUUAGUCUGCUGGACCGGACAGUUCAUAGGGCAUGGCGUGUUUGAGAAACGAGCGCCUGCGCUGUUGGACAACCUCGCCCAAGCAUUCCUCAUGGCACCAUUCUUUGUACUGCUUGAGGCGUUGCAGUAUGCAUUCGACUACGAGCCUUGCCCAGGCUUUAACGCUAGAGUCCAAGCCAAAGUUGAUGCUGAAAUCCGGGCAUGGAAGGAAUCCAAAAAUAAGUUAAUUUCUUAGUAUUCAUUUGGUUGCUCCAACCAUUUUUAUAUUUCUAUGCACAAAUAUGGUGAUUCUAAAUUUCUAAUCUCACUUACUUGAAUAUAUGAUCAGAGUAUGCAUGUCCAAUAA